AGAGUACCGCGCCACACAUCAAUUUCGCACAAAAGUAUCCCAACCCGAGGACGGACCACCACACCAGAACAGCAACAGCAGUAGUAUAGAGUAGUGGUAGCCGAGUAGUAGUCGGCCCGUUUAUCGCGAGCAGCCGCAGCGAACUACUUAUUUCGACGACGGCAAGCGCGAAGAGAGCGAAGAGGAGAGACGGAGAGAUAACGCGCUGGAGAAAGACGGAAAACUACCAUCACCACGGCACACCACACAUAAAGGCAGCCUAUCGCACAUAAGCACACGUCCGAAUCUCUCUCGCAUCUUCGGCGGGGGCGACAGUCGCUAGCCGGCCGUUCCACGUAGCAGCACCUGCUUGUACACCUUCGCGCGACUCUCUCGGCACUACAACGGCCGCCAGGAUGGUCUCGGUGCGCUACACGCGCAACCUCUUCCUCAGGGGCAUCUGCAUCAUCUACCUCUUCGCCUUCCUUAGUUUCUACGUGCAGAUUCCCGGGCUCUAUGGUGAUAAUGGAGUGUUGCCAGCAAAAACACAAUUGGAUUUACAGUCUCGCAAACCACUUUUACAAAAGCUCAAACAGCAACCAACCCUGCUUUGGUUUGCUCCCUACUUGGGCCUAAAUGUUGAGUACAUGUUGGAUAUUGUAGCCUUAGUUGGAACAGUUUUAUCCUUCCUGGGCUUUGUAUCCCAAAAGUUUUGCUCUGCACCUGUAUUUGCUACACUUUGGGCUCUGUACUAUUCCAUAUACCAGAUAGGCCAGACAUUUAUGUGGUUCCAAUGGGACAUUUUACUAUUGGAAGCUGGCUUCCUGUGUAUCAUUGUGGCUCCAUUUUGGUACUCCAACCAUACAAGAAAAAGUACUCCCAGUGAUUCUCUAACAUUUUGGACUGUACGCUGGCUUCUUUUCCGCCUUAUGUUUUCCAGUGGAGUGGUAAAACUUACAUCUGGUUGUCCUCUAUGGUGGAAUUUAGAUGCUUUGAAUGUGCAUUUUGAAUCUCAAUGUAUUCCUACACCAUUGGCUUGGUAUGCUCACCAUUUACCUCGGUGGUAUUUGAGAUUAAACACUGUUGGAGCCAACAUUUUUGAGCUUGUUAUACCAUUUCUUUUCUUCUUCCCAAUAAGAAAAGUUAGAAUUGUAGCCUUUUACUUACAAGUAUUCUUACAAGUCCACAUAAUUGCAACAGGAAACUACAACUUCUUCAAUUUAUUAACGAUUUGCUUAUGCAUCUCCCUGCUGGAUGAUCACUUUUUCUAUACAAAGAAGUCCAGAACCGAGAAUUCUAAAAUUUUUGGUGUACUGUCUACUAUUGCGUGUAUAGCAGUAUAUGCUGGUAUUCUUUAUGGUACCUACGUUUACUACAAUCUCAGAUUCACAGAAAACUGGACCAUUACUUCGAAAAUAGGUUUCACGGAAAAGGACUUCGAUUAUGCUCUUUCACGCGCAGUUCCUUAUUCCAUUUACAUAGGAAUGGCUUCCCUGGGCCUUACGGUAGCUAAUGCUGUGACUAAUUCAAUUAUUAACGUAAAGGGAACUCAAAAGAAACUUGUUACAACUCUUGUAACUUUAUUGUACACUGGAAUUGUUGCUUCACUUUUUGCUCUAAGCACUGUUCCAUAUGCAGUCUCUUUGUAUCCAAAACUGAAUUCCACUUUGCCUCCUCAAUUAAAACAACUUCAUGCUAAAGUUGACCACCUACACUUGGUUAACAGCUACGGAUUAUUCAGAAGAAUGACAGGAGCUGAUGGAAGACCAGAAGUCGUCAUUGAGGGUAGUAAUAGCAUAGAAGGCCCAUGGAAGGAAUAUCACUUUUUGUACAAACCCGGAAACGUUAAUAACUCGCUACCAUUUGUCGCUCCUCAUCAACCGCGUCUUGACUGGCAAAUGUGGUUUGCAUCUUUGGGAACAUAUCACCAAAAUCCUUGGUUGAUGUCGUUGGCUUACAGAAUUCUUCAUGGACAACCUGAAGUGUUAGCUCUUUUAAAUAAUGCUGAAAAUCCGUUCAAAAACAAUCCACCAAAAUAUCUUAGAGCGAGCCUAUAUCAUUACCGCUACACGCCAUCUAACGCCGAUCGUAAAGUACAAUCUUGGUGGAUUAGAGAGAGAAAAGACGAGUACUUCCCAAUUUUCAGUCGUGAUCAUCCUCCUCUAAUAGAAUACUUAUCCAAGAUGAAAAUAAUUCAAGAUAUACCAGCUCCAGAGGUGACGAACAGUACUUUCAAAACGAUUUUAGAUUUCAUCAGAUCUUAUUUCACCAAGCUAGAGGCUACUCUUUUGUCAUGGAUGGUCUUCAUGGCUGGAUGUGCAAUAAUCAUGGUUAAUUAAUGAACAUUCUUCAAUUGCGGAAGAGCAGGCUAGAAAUAAACGAUCGUUUAUCUGUAAAAAGAAGUGAAAAAGAAACUUUUUUUUACUGAAACGAAAAGUUUUUUUAUAACGGAGUGUACACGCUAUUGGUUUAAUAACAUGAAAUGCAUUGUCUUAUUAAGUUAUUAGAUUUUAUAUUUUGUUUUCGAUUUUUCUAAGUGUCUUUUGUACCAUUGUGCACAGAAAUGAUAUGUUGGCCUGUGUAAGUAUAAAAAGCAUUUUGUAAGACGCAUUCAAAGACUUGAUUGAUAUGUGCAUUUGUUAAUCUGCUAAAACGCAUACAUUUGUACCGAUUAAUACUAUCUAUAGUGCUCUCUUUAAAUUCAUACUAUUUUUAUAGAUUUUUUAUUCGUUAUCUAUCACGUAACCAAUUUGCUAUUAGAAGUAGGAAGUUUGAAUAAUUUUUUAUGCAGAACUUUGUAGAAUAAUACUUAAUAAGAACCUCUUUAGCUUACAAGAAACAUUUAUUUACGUCAGCGUAUGUAUAUUCAUGUUGUAUAGACAACACGAUACAUAUACAAAGAGUUGGUUGUUAUCUGAGUCAUAUUUAUUAAAUAAAUGAAGUCAUGUUAAAGUACAAA